AUGCCUCGCCUCAAACCAACAUCCACAUCACGGCGCUUCCACUGCUUCUCCAACAGCCUCCUCGCCUACCUCGUCCCCAUCUGGUCCAUCCUCAACUUCGCCCUCGUCCUCGUCUCCACCGCCGCCUGGAUCGCCGCACGCACCCGCAUCCUCGCCGGGCCCUGCAAAAACUCCUCCUAUGGCCAGGCCGGCGGCUGCGACUUCACCCGCUGGGGCCUCUACUUCUUCGUCUCCGCCAGUGCCACCAUCAGCACCUUGACUGCCACCUUCAUGGCCCUCACCUCCAUCCUGCGGCCCAAGCCCUCGGCCCUCGAUCCCAUCUGGGUCUUCCGCGGCGUCUUCUUCACCCUCAUCCCUCUUAUGACAAUCACUUGGAUCGGAUGGAGCACUCCCGAUAAGCCCACUGGAAUUCUCAAGUUCCCUCGCGAGUUUGACGAGUUUGUCCCGCCACGCCCUUUCCAGAGACCACUUCGAGGGAUCGGUGGCGGUUUCAUUUUCGAGGUGAUGGAUCCGUGGAAGGAGACACUCCCAGCUUUUAUACUGCUUCAUAUCAACUUGUUCAUCGGUGCUGUACUCGCCGGAUACUCUACCGCCGUCUGCCAUCCAAUUGCACCUCCAAAUACUCUGGCUCAUGCUUGUAAAGAUCGGACGUCUAAGGGCCUUGUUUUUCUCCCGGUUGCAUGA